AAUAGCUCGUGUUCUUCACGCGUUUCUCCGUCAGCGCAGCAAAAUGGCAGAAGCCGUUCUAGCCAUGCAGGACUCAUUCUGCUGUCCAGUCUGCCUGGAUCUCCUAGUGGACCCGGUGACGAUCCCGUGUGGACACAGUUACUGCCGGAGCUGUAUUAUUGGCUGCUGGCAUCAUAAGGAAGAUUACGUUUGUCCCCAGUGCAGAGAGAAGUUCACACUGAGGCCCGUCCUCAGGAAGAACACCAUGCUGGCUAAACUGGUCGAGACCCUGAGGGACACGAGGCUUCAGUCUGCUCGUGUCGGUGUGUCUCACACUCAGUCUGGGGACGUAGAGUGCGAUGUCUGCUCUGAGGAGAAGCGCAAAGCCGUCAAGUCCUGCAUGGUGUGCCUGGCCUCCUACUGUGGAGCUCACAUCCAGACUCAUUACGAUUCUCCUGCGCUGAAGAAACAUCUACUGGUCGAGGCGACCAUCAAUCUUCAGCAGAGGAUCUGCUCUCAGCACGGCAAGCUCCUGGAGAUUUUCUGUCGCACCGAUCAGAAGUUCAUCUGCUGCUUGUGUGUGAUGGAUGAACAUGGUGGUCAUAAGACAGUCUUACCUCAAGCAGAACGAGCUGAGAAACAGAAACAGUUUGUUGAGACCCAGAGAGAGUACAUGCAGAGAAUCCAACAGAGAGAGAAGAAAGUACAUGAGCUGAAACAGGAUAUGGAGUCUCUCAGGGUUUCUGCACAGGCGGCUGUUAAAGAAAGCGAGAUGCUCUUCACCGAUCUGAUUCAGUCCAUCGAGAAAAGGCGUGUGGAGGUAAAGGAACUGAUCCAGGCACAGGAGAAAGCUGGAUUGACUGUGGUUGAGGAGCUGAUAGAGAACCUGGAGCAGGAGCUCGCUGAUCUGAGGGAGAGAAACGCUGAGCUGGAAAAGCUUUCACACACUGACGACCACAUCCAUUUCCUCCAGAGUUUCCAGUCUCUCUGUGUCCCCUUUGGAUCUGGGGAUUUUCCCAGGUUUAUGAUCAGUCCUCAGUUUUCCAUAGACGAGCUGAGGCAAGCUGUGUCUGGAAUGACGGAACAAGUGGAAAAGCUGUAUAAGCGCCAGUUAGUCAAGUCUGGAGACCACAGUGCCUUGUUACCUGAACCGAAGACCAGAGAAGACUUUAUGAAAUAUUUCUGUCAGCUGACUCUGGAUCCAAACACGGCCCACCGUCGGCUCUGUCUGUCUGAAGAGAACAGAAGAGUGACGGUGACCCGACAGGCUCGAAACCCUCCGGAUCACCCCGAGAGAUUCGACCUGGUACAGCAGGUUCUGUGCAAAGAGAUGCUUUCGGGCCGCUGUUACUGGGAGGUCGAGCAGGUUAGCAAGCACAACUCCACCAUCGCAGUUUCUUAUAAAAGCAUCAACAGGAAAGGCAAAAGCAACGAGUCCAGCUUCGAGCAAAACGACAAGUCCUGGUGUUUCACUUGCUUCAAGUCGAAUUAUUUCUUCCGACACAAUAACAAAGAGAUUGAGGUCCCCAUGGAGUCGAGCUGCUCCAGAAUAGGGGUGUAUCUGGAUCACGGGGCAGGAGCUCUGGCCUUCUACAGCGUCUCAGGCGACCUCACUAUGACUCUCCUCCACAAAGUCCACACCACGUUCACUCAGCCGCUCUGUGCUGGAUUUCAGAUUUAUGGUUAUAAUGACUAUUUUCAAUUAUGUCAUCCUGGUCUAUAAAAGCCUGACGUAUCACCUGAGUCAUGUAGUGUCUGAUUUAAAUGACGCCUGACUGACUGUGUAUUUUAAAUGUUUUUAAAAGAUUUUUAAAAUCUUAGCUAGUGUUUGUAGAUCACGUGUAUAGUGUGUGUGUGUAUACUGCAUAACAAUUCUACUGUAUUUUAUUUUCUAGUCAUAUCUUCAUUUAAACAAAAUAAAUGUCUUAUUUCAUAAUA